AUGAACCUAGCUAACAAACAGGAGCAGUUGGAGAAUGUGGUGAAGAAAGCAGAUUUGACAGCUUUAUCUGCAGGAUUAGUGAAAUCCAAGGACAUUGAGAAAAUAGUGAGCUCUAUAGUGGAAUCUAUGAGGAAAGAUCUGGAGAGGGAAUUAGGACAAAAGAUUACUGAGAAAACUGCACAAAUGAGACAGGAAUUGGACGUAGUUAAUGCACACAACCACAGGUCACAGGAAUCACUUCAGGGUAAACAGAGGGAGAUAGACGAGUUGAAGAAACAAAGUACAGAGAUGCAGAGAGAGGUAGAGAGGGUGCAAACUUCAGUUUUCAAAGAGAUGGAAGAAGUUAAAAGGAUGGCUCAAGAUGGCAUAAGGAAGGGAAACUACAAUGAGCAAUAUAGCAGGAGAAAUAACAUAAAAGUGAUGGGUUUUAAGGAGAAGGAGAAUGUGGAUGAUGAGAACAAGAGAGAUUUGAUGAAAGAUUUCUGUGAUGAGGUCAACAAAGUAAUUAGCCAUCCAAUCCAUCGAGAUGACCUGGUGACAGUCCAUAGAAUUCCAGGGAGAGAUACUAAGAGAGCUAGACCAUUGGUGGUGAAGUUUGUAAAGAAAGAGGUUAGGAACAGUGUAAUUAAACAGAGGAAAAACUUGAUGGGGACCAUGAAGCUGGUGGAUGAUUUGACCAAGGACAAUGCAGGACUGAUCAACAGACUGAAAAGUAACGAGCGUAUUGAGAACGCUUGGUAUUUCAAUGGACGUGUUUUCGCAGUCUGUGAUGGCGUCAGGAAGCCAGUGGACUUGUUCCAAAGUGUGAAUGAUGUUUUCAGAGGCAGAUAGACACAAGUGCAUUUUGUUUCUAAUUUCAUAAUUGUGUAUUUCAAAUAUGUGUGCAAUUCCAAAUUAUUGUGAGUGAUUAUGUGUGGGAUUUAAGAAACACCAUAUUUUAAGGUAAGCAUUUUUGUGUCCAAAUUUCUGAAAACUUUGAAGUAAUCUUUUUAAUCUAUUAACUGU